GCGCGGGAGCGCCGCGGACACGACGAACGCCCAGCCAUCGGUGACGUUAUUCCAGCAGCUUUGGGGGUGUCUGUGUUAGGAAGUACCUUCCACAGGUGCAUUAAAAAAGGGGAGAGGAAGGUACUGAAGUGGAGGAUUCAGUCUCAAUAGGCGCAAUAGCUAUUAAGCAGUACUCUUUAUUUGAUGUGUUGGAGGCAUGGGGGAUCAUUCCUCCCAAUACACGUACCACCGGAGUGGAGUUUAUGCUAUUUAUACACAAUUCACUUACAUAUUCACGUGAUUUCCAAGAACUAAUUACAAUAUUAAUCACUCUUCUAAGAAAUCAUUAUAAUACGUUGCCACCUACUUCCGCACGUGCGUUACAGUCCCGGGGUGGUCUUGUAGGACCCCGGGUGGUCGUUUACUUCAUCAUCCUCACCUUCAUCACAGCAUCCUUUCUGUGAACUGGGUUCUGUCUUCCCCUUUCCCUUACAGCUGAGACCACAGAACCAGCUCCAUCUGGCAGUCGUGCAGGCUUCAGCCUCCUUCUGCCGUUAUCUCGUUUCUCCUAGAUAGGCCCGCACCUAAACCACGUAAGCAGCCAGGCUCAAGCCUGAUAAUCAUAGAUAAGGCGUACCUUAUUCCUUCGUUAGGCAGGUUCCUAAGCACAACUACGAACGAGACACUAUUACAUGAAGCAGUCCUGUCACAGACCUUGCCACUACUGACAAUUUGUAAUUUCCCAUGUGUCUUCCCUCUUCAGUGUUCAGAACGCCUGGCAGGCGAUGCAUGUGGCGCUGAAAAAUGACUUCGGUGAACAGGAUUUUAGGAUUUCCCAAAUCAGCGUUCGGUUAGAGGCCAGCAGAAGCGCGGAGCGGCCGGGAGCCCGGAGGGCCGCGUCGGGGCUGAGGCUGGCUGGGCCCGGCCGCUAUCGCGACAGAGCGGGGCGGGCGGCGGUCCCUAUCGCGACAGAGCGGGGCGGGCGGCGCGCUGCCCCGGCCCAGCCCCGCACCGACCCUCCCGGCAGCCGCAGCGGCGCCGGAAGCGCGGCCCGGCCGGCGGGCGCGGCGCGGGCGAUCGGCGCUGGCUGAGGGGCCCGGCGGGGCCCGGGCGGCCAUGGCGCAGCAGCGGCCUGGGCCCGAGCCGCCGUGGCCGGAGAGCCUGGCCCCGCUGAAGGCGGUGGACGAGCUGCUGCGGUGCGGGAUUUGCUUCGAUUACUUCAGCGUUGCCAUGAUCAUCCCCCAGUGCUCGCACAACUAUUGUUCCCUUUGUAUACGCAAGUUUUUGUCCUACAAAACUCAGUGUCCAACAUGCUGUGUGGCAGCCUCGGAAUCUGACCUGAAAAAUAACCGGAUGUUGGAUGAAGUGGUACAGAGCUUUAAUUCUGCAAGACAACAGCUGUUCCAGUUGGUCCUGGAUGCUCCGCUGAUGUCAUCUCCAUUGGCUGGUAGCAGGCGUUCGGCUGGCAAAAGCUGUGUUAGCAGUCCUUUUUCUGGGCCGGCUUUAAAAAAAGAGAUGUCAGUGAUUGACAGUUUCUUGGGAAAGGGAAAAGUUUGCACUUCAACAAAGUCAGAGGGCCUGGCAGGAACGGAUGAGAAGAUUUUCAGAACUGGGGAACAUCAGAACCUUUACAGCAGUUCUGCAGAGGUUGAUGGUAAAGACAAUGAGGUGGGAUCACAGGAGAGGCCUGAGUGCACCAAAAGUCCUGAAAAGCCUUCUACAUCUGUGGUGAAAGUAGUCAAUAAAGUGGAGUGCCCUGUUUGUGAGGUUGCUAUUCCAGAACAAUACAUAAACAAACAUCUGGAUGGCUGCUUGACAAGAGGAGAGAAGAAGGACAGCCUCAGAAGUUCAGCUCUCAAAAGGAAGCCUAUGUCUAAAGUUGUUUACAACUUGCUCUCUGAUCGUGAUUUGAAGAAGAAACUAAAGGAACAUGGACUGUCUACCCGUGGGACCCGACAGCAGCUUAUUAAAAAACACCAAGAAUUUGUGCACAUGUAUAAUGCUCAGUGUGAUUCUCUAAAUCCCAAAUCAGUUGCAGAGGUCGUUCAAGAGCUGGAAAAGAAUGAGAAGAUUCGGAUUGAGCUUGAAUUUAAUAAACCCAGUGAAAAUAUCUUGACCUUCACAAAGGACCAGACAGAGGAAGAAAUAGAUGAGAUCCACACUGACUAUCGAAAGAAACACAGAGAUGAAUUCCAGUUUUUGGUGAAUCAGAUAAAUAGUCGGUGGAAGAAAAGUGGCAAGAGGAAAACAGAAAGUGCUCAAAACAAAGAGCAAGUCACUGUCGAAGAAUUGCCACCAGCCACAGAGCAUAGAGAAGAGCAUCAUACAGCUAUAGUCCUUGGAAAAACCCAGAUAAUCAAAACAGAAACUUCUGAUGGCAAAAGUGAAUCUCAUUCCUUGGAGGAAAGCCAGAGAUCAGUCUCUCCUGCAUUCUCACUCUCAUCUGAUUCAACAAGCAGAAAUACCAUUUGUGAACUUCAGCAGUUGUCCAUGUUAUCAGGACUCUGCUUUGCCACGCUGGAGUCUGUCCUCUCCAGUUCAGACAUUCUGAGAGAACUGCAAGAGCUCGAGACAUGCCCAGCACCCUCGGCCAACAAUUUUCUGGGUCUGAGAGUUAACAAAAGGAAGUUGCGUUGGCCCCAGAUGCCAGAGAACAAUCAACUGCUUCCCUAUAGCAAGCGGAAGAGGAGCUAGAGCUGCAGCGCUGUGAAGCUUAAAGCCGUGCAGAAGCCUUAACGCUGAGAAGUACUUCUUAGUUUCUCCCAGAUUUCAGUGUAUCUGGGUGCUUAAUAAAAUGCCGAGUUCUCACCUGUCGUUCAUACUGCCUUAAGGUAA